AUGUUACUAAGCAAAAAGUUUACCAAGAAAAUUCGCGAGGAAGAAAAUGCGAGUGGAAUUGCUGUGAACGACUUGACAGAGAAAGAAGCUCUAAUUGAGGAGCUAGUUUCCAGAGAAGACACCGCGACAGCGUCGGAAGCCGAAACUGCAUCCAAACAACACGAAAAAGAAACAGCUGAAAACAUGAGAAAGAAGGCGAUGGAGACCUUAGGAGAAACGAAUAAGCGAAAAUCCAAAAGCAAGGAUGGAUCUACCGACAAGCGGGGUAAGUCAGGCCGAUGUACGAAGCCACUCGUAGACUUCUUAAGAGAAAAGUCAGAAGCUGACAGAGAAAUUAGACAACAGGAGCUAGAAAUAAGAAAGCAAGAGCAACAAAGCCAGCAGCAGGUGUUUCAAACACUGUUGCAAAACCAGCAGCAGAUCAACGGUAUGAUCCUUGCUGUGGUUCAGAAAAUUCUCGAUGAUAAGUGAACGUCACUUUUUAUUUGUUGUGUAUAAGCUUAAAUGUAGAAAAAAAGAAUGAAACUUGACCUUUCAAACUUCAAUAUCUAGCAAGAGUCCCUCUUAAAAUAAGAGUUGAAGGGAGUGCCUUUUAAUGCAUUAAUAAUUCAUUGCGCACUCAAGACCAUUCCUUUGUUAUUCUGUUCAUGUUUGGACUUUAGGCUCGUGUUUACAAUAGACCUGCUUGAAUUUUUAUUUGGCUUUUAGACUUACAGUACAGGGAUACAACAGAGAGAUCAAUGAGGUAGAUCUAAAAGUUGGGGGGAGUUGUAGUGCAUGGGAAAGACGA